AUGGGGGCGCUGCCGGGGCUCCUGCUGCUGCUGCUGGGCGUGGCGGGGUGCCCCGGGGCCCGGGGGGCCCGGUCCGCCGAGUGGGUGACGGUGCCGCGGCAGCUGAGCCCCCGGGCCGGCGGCGACGCCACGGCCCUUUCCUACUGGCUGAACGUGGCGGGGCGGCCGCGGGUGCUGCGCCUGCAGCCCAGGAGGGGCCUGGUCUCCCGCCCCUUCACCCUGGUCACCUACGGGCGGGACGGGGCCCGCCGGGAGGAGCACCCCUCCGUGCGGGACAACUGCUUCUACCAGGGCGACGUGCUGGGGAGCCCCGGCUCCCUGGUGGCCCUCAGCACCUGCGGCAGGGGCCUCGACGGCGUGCUCUGGGUGGAGGAUUAUACCUACCAGAUCGAGCCCGUCCCCAAUGAUCCGGCCUUUCGGCACAUUCUCUACCGCUUGGAGGAGGCCAACAACCCCGAGGGACCCAGCUGCGGACUGACGCCGGAGGUGCUGCAGCAACAAAAGGCUGUACUGCCGUGGUUCAAAGCUCCCAAGGCAGAGGAGGAGAACGAAAAGCUCAAGGACUGGUGGACACACGUCAGGUAUGUGAAGAUAGUAGUGGUCGUGGACAACGUGCGGUUUGUGAAGUCAGGCAGGAGCAAAUCCGAAGUCUUGAAGCACAUCAUGCAAAUCAUCAAUGUUGGGGACACUAUGUACAAACAACUUUCUGUCCGGCUGUUUCUUAUAGGACUGGAGAUCUGGACCGAAAAUAACUUAAUAAAUAUUUCCAACUCUAUUCCCCACGUACUUACUGACUUUAACAGGUGGAGAAAGUCAAACCUGUACAGUCGGCUGUACCACGAUGUUGCUCACUUAUUUGCAUUUCAGAGGUUUGGAAGCAGCCUGGGACUGGCAUUUAUAGGGUCAGUGUGUGAUUACCAUUGGUCAUCUGCUGUUGUUUCCUUCACUGAGAAAAAGUUGUCUGGAAUUUUUGUCACAUUUGUCCAUGAGCUGGGCCAUAAUCUUGGGAUGGGCCAUGAUAAACCGGGGUGUUAUUGCAAACGCAAGACAUGCAUUAUGUAUGAAAACAAUUCUGAAACUGAUAAGUUUAGUGACUGCAGUUACAAAGAGUACUUUGAGCUGGUUGUAAAUCGUGCUCGGUGCCUUCGUCAACCACCAGCACCAGGCAGUUUCUACACUGGGAAGCGUGAAUACUGUGGUAAUAAAGUAGUAGAAAGUGGAGAGCAGUGUGACUGUGGUUCAGCAGCAAACUGCAGAAGGGAUCCUUGUUGCCGCGCAAACUGUACGUUUUCUGCAGGUUCAGUCUGUGCAUCUGGAAAAUGCUGUAAGAACUGUCAUAUCCUUCCAGCAGGAACACUCUGCAGAGCAAGUACUGGCAGCUGUGACCUGCCAGAGUAUUGCAAUGGGAUUUCCCCUCAGUGCCCGCUGGAUGUAUACCUACAAGAUGGAACCCCUUGCAAAGAAGGUAUUUAUUGCUAUCAAGGAAAAUGUUCUUCCCACAGCGAACAGUGCCGGCAUCUCUUUGGCAAACAAGCCAUGGUUGCCCCUUUAGAUUGCUUCAAAGCAGUGAAUACUCAAGGUGACCGGUUUGGGAAUUGUGGUAUUGUUGACAAUGUCUAUUUUAGAAAAUGCAGUACUGCGAAUGUCUUAUGUGGUAGGAUUCAGUGUGAAAACGUAGUCAGAAUGCCUUUCUUGCAGAACCAUGUAACACUAGUCCAAACUCCUGUUCAAGAUAAAAAUUGCUGGGGUCUCGACUAUCACGUGGGGAUGUCAAGAGCAGAUGUGGGAGCUGUGGAAGAUGGCACACCAUGUGGUAGUGAUAAGCUUUGUAUCAACAGGACGUGUAUGAGUGUAUCAGUGCUGAAGUACGACUGCAACAUGACAAAGUGUAAUAACAGAGGAGUGUGUAACAAUCGCAAGAACUGUCACUGUAAGUAUGGCUGGGCUCCUCCAUAUUGUGAAUCGGGAGGAUAUGGAGGUAGCAUUGACAGUGGACCCCCUCCAGCCAGGAAGAUUUCUCAGAGAACAAAAGUAAGAAUAGCACAAUUUGUUUUUUUUACUAUGUGUAUCGUUGGAGUAGCCCUUUCCAUCCAUUAUAGACAGGAAGUAGAGGGAUGGCUUAUGAAGAGAAAGGUCCAGUUCCAAAGAAUACUGCAGUUGUUUCAAAGACUGAAAAAACCAGAAGUUCCUAAAGAAAACUCACCUGCCAGUGAAUCAAAAUCCACCACAGAUCAAAAAGCAUAG